UUGUGCUCGCGCCGAGAGUUGGAUGCUGUAGUGCGCGCGGUGUGUCUGCCAUCUGCCAAUUCGAUGAGUCAAAACUCGCCGGCCGCUGCCACACUCCGAGUGAUUCCGGCUGCCCGCUGCUCUGGUGCACGGAAAUGGUGCACACCCGCGUGAAUUGAAACCCUGCGAGCACCGCGAACCGCGAUUAAAGGUGAGGCAAAGGUUUGGUGGAAUGGAGGACCACGAAAUCCAGGAGACGGUCGAAUCCAUCCUGGGAAAGGGCGCCAAGGUCGUGGACUGCGAAAAAAGGUCAUGCAUUAGGGAGGAAGAGGUGCUGCUGGUCAACGGCUGUCCGGUCAGUCUCGACGGGGACACCGGAAUGGCCAUAAGGACAGCUCUGCUGCAAGGUGUGACGCCGCCGUGCGACCUGCUAAAUGAAUUGCUGGUGCGUGCCGGCAUCCUGAAGGCGCCCGUCAAGCUGGAGACCUCGCUCAGCGUCAAGUCCAGCGUGGUCACAAAGGAGAACGUGUCCGUGUCCAAAGAUGGACAUGUGGUCGACGAGCGCUCGCGCGAAGUCAAAGAAGACAAUUUUUACUCAAGUACAACAAGUGAAGUUUGGGAGCCGGUUCGAAAAACACCGGUGACCCCGGUCAACACAUUGGCCUCCAUCCCGGUGCCCAAAGCGGUGCGGGGUGGAGGGGCGGCCAGUUCCAACAGUUCAGGGUGUUGGUCGGCGGCCACAGGCGACGACGUCGAACUCACCAACGGCAUCGAGAAUCUCUCGUGCGCCUCAACUCCCACUAUUUUCGGCACCGUGGCUUCAGAUCAAACUCCCAAAGAUGGAAGCAGUAGGAGGAGUUUGCCCCAGACUCCUCAGUCAGCCAAAAGCUUUUCCACCCUGAUCAACGGCCCCAUCGGCGACGCCGCCGCCAGCGAGUCGGGUGGUUCAUUGGAUUCAGUCCACGAUAUCCAACCCUCCGAUGAGAAUGCUCUGGUCUACAAAGACGGCAAUCUGGUGUCUGGAUCGUUGGACGCGCUCUUGCAACACAUGGUGCCGACGUCCGAGUACUUUCCGGACAGGGCGUACUUGUUCGCCUUCCUCCUCAGCGCCCGUCUCUUCAUCAAACCGCACGAGCUGCUUGGACAAGUCUGUCAAAGGUGCCACAUUCACAAACCAGAAAGCAUUACUGCUCCUGCACAGUUUGUGAGACACAUCGUCCAGUUGCUGGCAGAGUGGACAGAGACCUUCCCGUACGACUUCAGGGACGAAAGGGUCAUGGCCCACGUCCGAGAGUUGACGCAGCAGUGCGUCGCCCUUGAACCCACCGUGCGAAGAGAAGUUUCGCAGCUCCUGCAGAAUUUGCUGCACAGGUUGACGGCUUUGGAGCAGUACGAGGAGUUCCUGCAGAGGAUCAACUCGGAAACCGCCACACCGAACAUUGAAUCGCUCAAUGUGGCUGACAUCACCGAGUUGUGUCCCAGUGCGGAAAAAUUGGCCCAGCAACUGACGCACAUUGAGCUGGAAAGAUUGUCUUUCAUCGGCCCAGAGGAGUUUGUCCAAGCUUUUGCUAAGGAGAACACCAAACUGGACACCACUUCCUUCAGGGACCUCAAGAAAACUCGGAACCUCGAGUCUUAUGUCCAGUGGUUCAACAGGCUCAGCUAUUUUGUUGCAACCGAAGUUUGCAAGCAUGUGAAGAAGAAGGCAAGAGUGAGAGCUGUGGAGUACUGGGUGGAAGUGGCGCGCGAGUGCUUCAACAUUGGCAACUUCAACUCCCUGAUGGGAAUAAUCGCCGGUCUCAACAUGUCCCCCGUAUCACGGCUUAAGAAAACUUGGGCUAAAGUUUCUUCUGGCAAGUUUGCGAUUCUCGAGCACCAGAUGGACCCUUCGUCAAACUUUUCCUCAUAUCGCUCCACCCUGAAGGCGGCAAUGUGGCGUUCGGCAGGAGCCACAGAUGAGCGCCAAAGAAUCGUCAUUCCCUUUUUCUCACUGCUGGUCAAAGACUUGUACUUCCUCAAUGAGGGCUGUGCCAGCAAGAUGCCAGGUGGCAAUGUGAAUUUUGAGAAGUGUUGGCAGCUGGCCAAGCAGGUGACGGAGUUCAUCGCCUGGAAACAGGUGGCCUGUCCUUUCGCCAAAGACUCCAAAGUCACCAAUUUCCUUCAAAGCACCACCGUUCUCAGUGACGAGAAAGCUCUUGCCAUUGCGUCUUUUGAGUGCGAGCCGCCGGAAAACAGUUUCGAGAAGGAGAGGUACAAGAAUCUCAAGGCAGAAAUUAAUGCCUCCACCUCAAGCACCACCUAAUCAAGAUCACCAACCCUAUCACCGAUCGAUGUGUACUUAAUUACCCGGAUCAUUAAUUGUUUUCGGUAGACAUCCAUAACCCUGAGUGGUGGUUUCACCAUCCGAGAGAUGAGAGAAUCUUCUUCCUGCAAGACUGACGGUCCAAGCCACAAUGUGCACACUUUUACUACCCAGCAGUUAAUUAAUUUUGUCCUGAUUCACGCCAUUCAAAUACUUUUUUUCGUACGUGUAACAGCAAACUGAAUGUUCAUUUUUAGUUGAUAAGCGUCCCAAAUGUUGGGAGUUGAAUCUAGUCAAGAAUAAGCAGCAUUUUGAGAACAACAAAAAAACCGAGUGAAUUUUUCCAAUUUAAUGGUGGAGACGAAUGAUAUUGAUUGAAACCUGUGCACCAAUUUUAUGAUAAUUCCUGCAGUGACUAAUGUUGAUUACUUAAUUAGAGUUAAUUACUCUGGUAUCAUUAAUGCUCUCUAAUGUGUAAAGAAAAGAAACAUAUACAAGCACUUGUAUUUAUCGUCUCGAUAUCAACACAAAUUGAGCUCCUUUUUGUAGAAUAUGUACCUGAUUUCAAUGGGAGAAAAUAUAUAGAGGAACAGCAGCUCUUUUUACUUAAAUUUUUUUCACGAUUAGGACUUCUGAGCUAUUUGAAUUUUUAAAAUUAAUUUUCAUCGCUGAGAAGCAUAAAAAAGGGAACAAUUAUUUGUAACUCAAAAUUGUACAUUAAUUAAAUCUUGCCAGUCACAAAAUUCCAUUCCAUUUAAUGAAUUUAUGUGAUUUAGUGAAUUAUUUACUAGGCCACUUUGUUAGUUCCAGACAAACGCAGUUUGCAAAAGCAAAUUUCACGUAGAAAUACUACUUGAUUUAAUUUAGACUCUUAGUCAACGACAGUGUGUGUACUUACAGGAGAAGAUUGAUUGAAAUGUGGCGAGCAAGAAAGGAUUUUGAUUGUGGCAAAAAUGUGACAGCUCACAUAAAAUAUAACAAUGUAUCUUGAUAAUUAUAGAACAAAAAGAGAUUUGAAAACAUAUUUUGUCAAUGUUCCAAGAAAAAAAAACUACGCUGUAUUUCGCUGUUUUCUUUGUGAGCAAUGCAUACUUAUACUGUCUUGUAAUGUAGUGAGAUAAUUUUUUAAAAAAUAAAAACUGAAAAUUACUCUUAAAUUAAAAAUUUCUCUUUAGUCUUUUAUUAUAAAUUCCGACGAUAACACGACUAAAAUUUGGAUUCAAAUCAAAUUCUACUUAUUUAAAAAGUAUGAUUUGAAUUUCCCCAUCUCUACGUCUGAAAUAACUACCU